AUGGGCGCAUCGGUGGAUUCACCAGAGCGACCGCUCCUCAGGUCCCACAAGGCGCUCCCGCGGAGGGGCAUCGUGGUUCCCAACGUCAACGUUGCCCAACCGGUCUCGCCGGAUCAAAAGGGCACGGUCACCGCGGCGCCAGCUCCUCCAUUGACUCCACCCGGCGCGAUCCAGGAAAACAGCAUGGAGGAGGAACGGACGCCGCGAAAACGGGAUGCAUCCGUCUCGGACUCUCAAACGACAGGCAUGUUGACACCGCGCCGACCCUCGAAACCUCCGACCCCCGACGUGACACCGCCUCGCACAACCGCCACGAUCCGACCGACUCUCAAUCAGUUCGGAUAUUUCUCCUCGUCAUCGCGGGCCGAAUCCUUCCAAACCGCCUGCGAGAGUAUCCCAUCCGAUGGCGACAUGGACACACCCGUGCAAUCCCCUCCCCGGACCGUGUCAGCCGUGCCGCAGAGGAUGGCGCCGGAGAGGGUCAGGCACAGGGUACCUUUUGCGUCGCAAAAGGUACCAGCGACGACUGAACUUCGCUCCAACCCGACGGGGAUUGAAGACACUGCGCCCAAAUCAUCCCCACCCUCUGCUUCACAACCACACAGUGAAACGGACUAUGAAACCGGCUUCGAGUCCUUCGAUGGGGACUGGGUAUCCAGCCAGAACCAUGGGUCCCCGACCCCGAUGCCGGGAAAACGGAGGCGAGCACAGACGCAGCAGCAGAAAGACCAAACAUCCAACCCAAACGGAGAGGUAGAUGCAGAUGUCGAGGACACACUGGACAUAGUGCAUCUGGAUGCCUCCCUGAUGCGCGAGAAGAAUUUGCGGGACCGAGUGCAGAACAAGCCUGAAAUAGCGUCCAGUCCAUCCAUGGAGCGGUUUCGCGAAACAAUUGGAUGGCCCACCCACGAUGUGCGCUUACAGCUCGAUGAGCCAGAAUCGCGGCGAUUGUCCGGGAUUUCGUCCACUUCGACCGUAUCAGCGAUGAUCAUCGAUUCGCCGCAACAAGCCCAGCGUUUACUGCGUCACACGGAGAAGAGGAGCUCGCUCCGAUCUGUCAGCUCCCCGGUUCCCAAAUCGGAACGUCUUUCCAUGACAUCAACAUCGGAUUCCCAGCACCGUCUCGUCCACAAGGCCGCUCGAAUCUCCGAACAAGAUCGUCGAAGCAUCUCGUCGGAUGUCUCAUUUUCGACCAAAACAACUACGAGUGCGCCUCAUCCCUCAACUGAAAUCAUUCCGGUGGUGGUGAUACCAGAGCGACGUUCAUCCCUGAAAUCUGGUCCCAGUAGCCAGGUUUCAUCUCAACCUGGUUCUCAGCGGUCUGGUCGACGGCCUCCUCCCGUGUCAUCGGAUGGCUCUGUCAAUGUGCCGCGGCAAAGGACACGAACUAUGUCUGACGCGGCCUCUGCACGUUCCCGAGACCUGGAUUCAAGAGGUCGCCCUGCUAUGGGCAGGCCUCCGAUCCCCACGCGAAGCUCUUCGCUUUCUGCGCCAACAAGUCGUAAUAAUUCGCGCACCACUUCGCUUACAUCGGAAAGCCUGCGGAGCCACACGUUGGCGAUGGAUCUGGAGAUGAAAAAGCGUCGUGACCAGCAGCCUGUCUCACCACCUCGUCAAAAUAUACUCGGCCCCAAUGAAAAUUUGAACAGCAACGGCCACCGCAGAACUCUACUGGAGGCUCCUCAUCUUCCCGCUGUGAUGGUCAGCUCCACAGAGGACAUGACGACGUUGCGACCACCUUCAUUACCUUAUACCCAGUGGUCGAUCCCGUCGUCAUCCCCCGGUCCAAUUGAGAUUCACGAGGCCACGGCAGUGAGUCUGUAUCCACAUAACAACCGAUCGCUGCUUUUGGUUGAUCAACAGACAUCUGUCGAGACACAAAUGCUGCGCGCUUUUCGUAGGGAUCGACAAGACCAGGACGCGAACCCUCAGACGCCUGACAAUCCGACCCACCCCACAUCUGCCUUGCCCGCCCAUUCUCCAUUGAGAAAUCCGCGCACGCCGCCCAAGCCUCCGAUUUCUAAACCCCUUCCAGCACUUCCUUUGGCAGCUGAGAAUUCUAAUGCCAGCCAGGAGAAUGGAGGUCGUCUGGGUCGUCGCUGGAACACCGUCCGCCGCACCUUUGGCCCUCGCCCGCGAUCAGAUUCCUUCAACACCAUCGCCCGCUCUCUCUCCGUGCGCUCAGCGAAGAACCGCAAGGCAGGCAUAGAAAUGGACAGUCGCCUCCAUCCCUUCUGGCGCCCGCGCGAAUUCUGGGAAAACAUUCCAGGAUCCCCAAAGAAAGAACGUCCAAUCAACCACGCUCCACUGGAGCGCGGCGUCAUAAAUAACUCACUCGGUCUUCCCCAGGCCCGACUUGUCUUCGACAUUCCACCCCCUCUGGACCGACGCAGUCCCGAAAUGAAACGAUUUUUCGACGGCAUUUCUACCUCCGCCCAUUACCACGGCAGCCGCGGCAGUCUAGUCGAUCCGCACACCAUUCUGCGCACUGGUACUCCGCUGUAUCAGAGUCGCUAUCGCUUCUUGUCGCGAUGGGGUCUUCGCCUGCGUCCUCUGUCGCUGCGCAACGUGCGUGCCCGUAUCCGCCGAAUGCGGCAGCGCCGUGAAGACCGCAGACAAGCAGCGCGCCGGGCCUCUCUUAAGCAACGUAUUGGUGGCCCGGUUUACCUAGCAUCUAGCGCCAGCAAUGGUGCUGUGCGGUAA